AUGGCUGUCCUCGCGUUUGUUCUCCACUCGGCCCCUCUUAAGGUUCACCACGUCCUCGUAUCGCAAAAGCCACAGUAUCUGAGUGACGAGAUACAGAUCGUACGUGUAUUGUGCCUCGAAAACGCCUCACUAAUACGCGAAAUAGCCGUGCGCGACUCUGAUGUGAAAUGGCCUUUUUCAACCGGCAAAGUUGGCGAUCACAUGCUCACUUUGGUAUUGACAUGUUCUAUUUUGUGUGAAAAUGUGGGCCUGUUUUGA